CCUGUCAGAGCUGUAAUGUGCCACUACGUGUGCAAUGUAAAUUAGGGGUAAGAGAUUUAUUCAACAUACAGUUUAGCUUCACUGAUUAUAACAGUUGUGUUUUUGCAACGAUUGAGCUUGACUGACUGCUGAGUACAGCAGAGGCAGGAAUUGCACACCUGGGUUGCUUGAGUCAUCCAAAAUUAAUAAAUAAUAUGGGCACAAAACUUCCUACAAGAGCUAUAUCCACUAUUACGAACAACAGAGUAAUAUUUGACAAAUUUUAUCUUUCAGAUUAUGAAAUUGAUCAAACAAAAAUCUUAAAAUCCUCUUUGGGGUCUUUCUCAGAGCACAGUAACAGGUCCUCUGCCAUUGAAUCAAGACGUACAGGGCCUCGUAGGGAAACGGACGUAAGAUUUCCAAUGGAUAUGGCAAAGUUUCAGAAAAAAGUUUUGACUAAAUUGGUGGAAAUCCACAUGGAGGUCAGAAGGCUGGGAAGAAGCGAGCCUCCCCUUUCAUCCACCCAUAUACAGCAGCUGGAGACAAUGGAGGACUUUGCGAGAGAGGAGGAACGCCUCAAGGACAAGCAAGCCUUUGAGUCCCUGGUGUUGCAACUUGCAAGAAUUGGAGGGAAAGAUGUAAGGGAUUGUGUCCAUAGAAUUCUUGACAGGCUCUUUACCAACCGGUUGAUGGCCAAAUUCAAUAUGAAGGGGAAGGGAAAGAAGCAGAAACUGCCUCUGGAGAUGACUAAAACCUAUGAAGCAAUCAAUGCUGCAGUGAUGAAAUGGGACAAAGAUGCUACAGAGGCUACAAUAAAACAUCAUGCAGCAGAGCAUCUUAAACAUGCACCAGGGAGGAAGGGAGGUGGAGGACAUACAGGGGUGGAAACUAAUUAAGGACUUUUGGCAUUUGUGUUUAUUUCCCAUUUAAAAGACUUUAUACCCCCUUCCUCUAUGCUGAUUUCAGGCAAAAUAUAUUAGUCUUGGGGGAUUUGUUUGUUUGUUUGUUUUUAUAAUUUUUUUGAUAUUUUUUUUUUUACUUGCGUUAAAUUUAACUAUUAGAAUUUUGUUUUAUC